AUGUACCACCAGGGUUGUAUUUCACGCCUACAAACCGCCCAAACGUCCCAAACUCAACCAAACUACCAAGCUCAACCAAACAACUUCAAAAUGUCGGACAAACAACAACGUGAAUUUAACAACCUCAGGGACGAGCAGGCCGCUCAAAACAGGGGCAGCAUGAAGGAACACUGGGAGGCGAAGCUCUUGGGCAAGAAGGUCGUUGAUGGGGCCGUCUCUGAAGCCUCUACAUUCUCAAAGAAUGAUCUGCCAAGUGGGCAUAGGGUACUUGGGAAGGAUAGCAUGAUGACGCUGGAUUACAGGCCUGAGAGACUGAAUGUUCAUGUUGAUGAGGAUGGGACUUGUAAUAGGAUUUCUAUGGGCUAA